AUGCUUCAACCAGGCAUGCUGUUUGGGGAGCUGGGCGCCUUAAAUAUUUGCCAGGCGCGGACAUCUACUGUGGCAGCUGACGUGGACUCGAAGGUGCUUGUCAUCCGCUCGGAGAGCAUCUGGCAGGCAGUCAAUGGUUCUCACGAUGAUGUAAAAAGAAUUUCGAAUGAAUGUGACUGCUGGCGCGCUUUCAUGUCCUGUGAAUUUGCGUCAAUGUGCCACCCCGAAGUUGCGUAUCAGCUCCGAGCGGCUGCGACCCUGCGGAAGGUGGUGCAGGGAGAGGAGCACGUUCUCGGAGUCAAAAACCAGCAGAGGCAACUUUGGGCAGCAGCUGUCAUUGAGCGAGGACAGGCAUACGUGAAGGAGACCGACGAGGUGAUGAAGGGACCAGACACCAUCAAUGUGGUCGCCAUGCUUGGCGUUCGCAGUUCUUGCACGGUGAUGUCUCAUGGUGACAAAGGUUGCCACAUAGCAGUGCUGGACAGGAGACAGCAUUUUGGAAUCUCAUGCGGUAUUUUCCGAAGGAACGAGAGGUAUUCACCCGAUGGACACUUCAGCGCAGCUUCCUUCGGCAACCGCCGACAUCUCCUCCGUCCCGAUGCUGCAGUACUUGGAGGGGUCGCAGAGUUUCUUUCGAGCUCUUGCAGGCAGCAUUCGGCAGAGAGUGGUGCCGCCUGGAUCGGUUGCCAUGACCGCCAAGGACGGCUCGUGUUUCUCCAGCAGGGCUUGGCUGACAUCCUUUUUCGAGGACAUAAGGUCAGGGAGCUCUGCGCCGGGCAAAGUGUGGGGGAGCUGAACUUGCUGAGUAUCCAAGCAAUGGCCGGGAUGACAGUUAUGGCCACGGAAUUCUGCGUGCUGCAGGAGCUCAAAAAGGCGGAUGUGGAAAGCCAUCUGGUCAAGCAUCCAGUUGCUCGGUCUCGGUGGCGAGAGCUGCUGAAGAUCCGGAACGUGUGGAAGCAGGAGGGAGCGAUGGAGCGCCAGAUCAUUAUGCUACGCGAUUCGCCCUUUUUCGGGGAUGAGGUGUCAGCUGACUUCAUGCGGCUCGUGCAUCAACAAAUGGAGGUGCGUUUGUUCUUCCCGGAGCAAAAGAUUCAAAAGGAGGAUGAUCCGGGUGACGUCAUGUUUCUUUUUUGUGAAGGGCUAGUCGAAUUGCAAACUGCGGCUGGAGAGAAGUCCAUGCUGGAAGCUGCGGCUGUUGUAGGCGAAGCUGGACUCAUCUCAAAUGUAGAAGGGCCACGAGACGUGCUCACCGCCAAGACGACUUGUGCGUUGAUGGCGCUUCACCGAAUGAACAUGAUCGAUGCGCUGAAGAGAUUCCCCGAGGCCAAGCCUCACUUUGAGGCUGCUGCACGCAGGAGCAGAAAAGGGACCCACGAGGAAGGCGAGCAAUACUGGAAUAUCUACAGGAUGUCCUGCUUUAAAGACUGUGGCAGCAGGUUUCUGUACUUGGUGGAUCUGCACUUGGAGCGGCACAUCUUUUUCAGCGACGAGAUUGUGGUGACAGAAAACACGGAGGGCGAGGACAUGUACAUACUCUACAGUGGAGCCAUGGAUGUGAAGGUCAAAGGUAUCAAGGUUGGAAGCUUGGAUGGAGGGAUGUUCUUCGGCGAGAUGGCGGUUCUUGGCCUGGUGAAGAAACGAUCCGCCACAAUUGUAGCCAAAAGUUUGUGCGAUGUGCGAAUCCUUUCAAGAAAGUCUUUGGAGGAGGCCAUCCAUGAAUUCCCCCAGGAGCUCGCAAGGUUUGAGGAGCUGGCCGCCACACGAAACAGGUUGUCGCUGGAGCAUCGAAAUGGAGGUCGAGUUCGUCACUUGUGCAGCUUCUUCCAAGAUUGCAAUGCGGAGUUUGCAACGGCGAUCGCUGACGACAUGCAGGACAGGCUCUUCACUGCCGGCCAGGUGAUUGUGAGGGAGGACAGCAAUCACGAGUCCUUGUUCCUCAUCCACCAGGGAGCUGCAGCAGUAACCUACCAGGGCCAAAAGGUGUCAGAACUGAAGUCCGGCGACGUUUGUGGUGAGUUGGUUGCUAUGGGGCUGUCACCAGUGCCAACCGCAACUGUGACUGCCACCGAUACAUGCUUUGUGCAGGAGCUGCCUAAGCGGUCGCUGAAAGCGGUCUUGGAGCGAUAUCCAGAACAAACCAAGCAAUUGAGGCAAAUGGCUGCUGCUCGAAUGGAGUGGAAGCACUCGCUGAACGACCUGAAUAUCUUCGAGUGGGUGCAGAACGCUCCGCUUCCGGUGGCGCACCUCUUGGAGCAGUUGAUGACCCGCUGGUUCUUCUUCUGUGGCGAUGAGAUGCUGGUGCAGGGAGCGGAGGGAGACAGCCUCUUCUUGAGAUCUCCACGGGCUCGGUGGAAAUUCUGCACAAUGAGAAGGUGA